UGGAGGCAUACUGGGUGCUCUUUUCCAAAGUGCAACCAGCAACGAAUCUGGUGCGAUGCUGACGCCGUCCGAGGUCCGCGCCGAGUGCCGCCGCGGCAACUUGACGACCAACUCGGCCGGGUAUGCCCCGGGGUACGCGCAGGCGAACCUCGUCAUCCUGCCCAAGGAGCACGCGUACGACUUUCUCUUGUUCUGCCAGCGCAAUCCCAAGCCGUGCCCGCUCCUCGAGGUUAGCGAUGUGGGCUGCGCCGAGAUGAAGCGCACGGCGCCUGGCUCGGACAUCCGCACCGACCUGCCCAAGUACCGCAUUUACGAGCACGGUCAGCUCACGGCCGAAGUCACCGACAUUCGCGACUACUGGAAAGACGACUUUGUCACGUUCUUGCUCGGAUGCUCCUUCAGCUUCGAAGGCGCGCUGGAAAACGCGGGGCUUCGCGUGCGCCACUUGGAGAAGAAGUGCAACGUGCCCAUGUACCGCACCAACAUCCCUUGCGAUCCCGCUGGCGUCUUCUCUGGUAACCUCGUCGUGAGCAUGCGCCCAUACAAGCCCGCCGACGCCAUCAAAGCGGCGAUGAUCACUGGUCGAUACCCCAACGUCCACGGCAGCCCCGUGCACAUGGGGUCGCCCGCGGAUAUUGGCAUCGCGGACGUCAACAAGCCCGACUAUGGCGACGCAGUGACGAUCCGAGAUGGCGAAGUCCCAGUGUUUUGGGCCUGCGGCGUCACGCCCCAAGCGGUUCUGCUCGCGAGCCGACCGGCUUUUGCGAUCACGCAUGCGCCGGGGCACAUGUUUGUCACGGACGUGCCCAACGAAAGCCUCGCGUGCGCCUGAGCUGCGCGUUUUUGAAUUGGAGCGCUAAAAAACCGUUUUGAGAUUGAGUUUGGA